UUUGAGUGAUUUUAUUCAUGUAGUACGAGGUACGGAUUCUGACCGUUCAGCUUGGUAUUAUGUGUUGGUUGAUAAAGAUAAGGAAGAAGCUUUUCUUGAAAAAUCGAGGACGGGCAGCAUGGAUGUUAAAGAUUAUGGAAAAGUUUUAUAUUCAGGUUGGGGUGAAGAUCCUCCACAAAAAAUAAUCGAUAAAGUUGUCAAAAAAUAUUUCAAGUUAGACGAGAUUUGUGGAGAUUGUGUUAGAGUGAGGAAUUUACUUUUACAAGUUUUGGAAAUGAAUAAUUCUGAUCUUUUGACUCAACGAGCUAUUGUAGCUACAUUUGCCAAUAUGGCUAUAAAUGCGGAGGAAGAGGAUAAAAUUGGAAUUGGAAAAAGUGGAGCAAUUGAGGUUUUUAGUUUUAAUUUUUUAUGA